CCCUCUCCUUCUUCCCCCUCCAGGUCCUGGCAGCUCUGCAGACCUUUAGCUGUGGGAGCAGAGCAAGGCUGGAUUUUGGGUACCAAACAGGGAAGUUUUGCCUGGCAGGUGCCUCCUGUCCCCCCUUGACUGGCCAGAGAUCCCACUAUGAUGGCUGCUUCCCGCUCCUCUGAGCUGUGAGGACAGUGACCCUUCAGAGCUGCAGCACCCUGUCCCCAUCCAGGCACCAUGCCUUUUCCGUAUGUGAUAUAUAAAGGCAUUAAAUUCCCCCCUGCCUACAACUCUGAGCACAGCCUGGGUUUUGCACACAAUGACUUCUUGGUGCGGGACGAUGACAUCUUCAACGUCACCUACCCCAAGUCCGGCACCGUGUGGAUGACUGAGAUCCUGAGCCUUAUCCGCAACCAUGGCCAUCCUGGCUGGAGCCGAACCGUCCUCAAUUCUGACCGUGUGCCUUGGUUCUCAACCCGGCUGGGUCUAGAGUCAGCUCUCAGCCUCCCCUCACCUCGCCUGCUGACCUGUCACCUCCCCAGGCACAUCUUCCCCAAGUCCUUCUCCCACUCCAGGGCCAAGGUCAUUUACACCCUACGGGAUCCUCGAGAUGUUGUCGUCUCCUACUAUUACUUCUCCAAGAUGUGUAACAGCUACGAGGACCCCACAUCCUUUGAGCAGUUCCUGAGGGACUUUCUGAAUGGAGAGUUGCCCCAUGGCUCCUGGUUUGAACACGUCCAAGGCUGGUUGGAGAUGAAGAGCAGGGAGAAUUUCUUCUUCAUCACCUAUGAAGAGCUAAAGCAGGACCUGCAGGGCAGUGUGCGACGUCUCUGCCAGUUUCUGGGGCAGGAUUUAGAUGAGGAUGCCAUCUUUUCAGUAGUGCAAAAUGCCUCCUUCACAUCCAUGAGGGACAACCCAAUGUGCAGCUCCAUCCUGCUCCCUUCAGACAUCAUGGACCAGACAAAAGGGCAGUUUCUGAGAAAGGGCAUCUGUGGGGACUGGAAGAACCAUUUCACAGUGGCACAGAGCGAGACCUUCGACAGGAUCUACCAGGACAGGAUGCAGGGCCUGAACAUGGCCUUUCCUUGGGACAAGCAUUAGGAUCCAGCUCUAACUUAGGCCACCUAAGCACUGGAUAUAAACUAGCCGCUGGCAGCUAUGGAACUUAAGAGCACUGAUUGGUUUUGGUCAGAGAGAGAUGUAUCACUCCCUUGGGCCCAGGGUUACAAAUGGCACUUAACACCAGUGUGUGAGCAACUAAUUUGCACACUUUCUCUUUGAGUUGCAAGGGCUUUCUCAUGGGGCUGUGCUUCUCCUCUCUGUCCCCUCCCACCAUCUUUCAACCCUUUUGCCCCUGAGGCAGGCUCAGAAGUCCCCUGGGAUGGACCUGUCUCCUUGCCCUCCAACACAUUCCUCUUUUGCUAACACAGGAGUGUGUAACACAUUCCCCGAGAGCACACAGAUGAAAUAUAUCCUGUCCAUCACAGAGUGCUUUGGCUACAGCACUGACCAAUUCAGCCUGUUCAGGAGCUACAGCCAGCUGAAAUGUUCCCUUGGAGAUGUUCAUUGAAUGUGCUGCAGUGGAACAACGGAGAAAAUGGGAAGGUCUACUUGAAUACAGAGGAGCCUUUCAGAUUUCCUGACCGAGGGAAAGACAGAGGAGGUGCAGGAGGUUGGAGAGUGACAGAGUGACUCUGGAGCACGUAUCUGUGGCCACGUCCAGGAUGGCAGCAAGAGGAAAGGACGGUCUUGCUUAGGCAACACAGAGAGAUGGGAGCCUGGAGGAUGCACCUAUGGCCACAUGUGGGAGAGUGUGGGUGUGCAGAAAGGAGAUAGCUGGACAUGGGCAUUAAGUGAACACCUGGGAGCUGCCCUGCUUGCAGAUUAGCAGAGCUGGCUGUAGGGAGUUGCUGUGUAUUGUGGCCAAAGUAAGAGGAAACAGGAAGAGGUGGGCUGCUGAGACCUACAACCAUGCUGGCUUGCACUGAGAGUGGCAGGUGAAGGACAUGCUUUGGCCAGAAGGGGCAGACUUGGAGCAAGGAAGCCUCAGUGUGGAGAUAACGCCUUAGUGAAGUAUGGGGUGAGAUAUGUCAGACAUAUUCUGCAGAGAAAGGAACAGGGAUCAAGGGUAGUCCUCUGUGGCGCCGCAGAGACAAGUGAGUGAGAAGAUGAUCCUGUACAGGAUGGGUGGGAAGAGGCAUGGGAGAAGCAGGAGGAGAAACAGGUGAACAUGGAUGGAGGAUUAGGAGGGGAAAUUUUCAAAACAGAGAACUGUGUGGCAGGGGCUGACAGGUCCAGGGGAAUUUGGGGUGCUGUGCAGGAGCUUUCUGUGGAAGGAGCUGUUGGGUUGGGCUGGGUAGGUCCCUUCUCCUGUUUGCCUUGCAGCACUUGCAAUGGGCAGGGAAAUUCCUCCAUAGCGCAAGACUGCAAAAGAAUUUUCUUAGAAGGGUGGGGGCAAAGACUCCAGAGUUUGUAGCAGAUUUCCCUCAACAUUCAGAUCAAGUCUUGAUUCUUUUCUGCUCCUCUUUCAACUGCGCCGUGACUUUUCCAAGACUUGGACAUUGAACUGCCUCCCCACACUCUUAUGCUGAUGUGUAUGAUCCCCACUGCCAAGGGCAUCGAGGUUUUUCCUGCUCCUUACCCCCGCUGCCUUCUUCCCGCCCACAGUCGUGGUUACAUCCUAACCCAUUACUUUCUCUCCCCUGAGUCUUCCAGACCCAUGUCCUGCAUCAGGUGAGCAGUUCACUAUGGGCAGUGGGUGACUCAGAGCUCAGGGUUGCACUCUGCGCUCGUGCUAUCUGCAAAGUCAAGAAUCAGGAUGAGGUAGGAUUUGAUGCCAGAAACUCUCUGCGAAUGGACCAAUGUAGGGAGUGUGAGCAUACAAGGAGAGAAAGGAAUUCUCCAUGCCAGAGCCCUCUCCCCACAGAUGUACCUCCCUCCAUCCCAGCCCUCCCACUGCUGCUCCCUACCCCUCAUCUUGCAUAGGCCCUACCAUGGGCUGCAGCCCUAUCUAUGCUUGGCAUGUUUGGAGCAUUCCUCCUUCUCCCAUAGUCUUUCCCCUUCUACUUUCCCUCCCUGUGCUUUCCCACAUCACUUUCAUGCACUUGCUCUCUCCUGCCCCAUGGGACACCUGGGUGGCUCCGUCCUGCUGUAGUCAGCAAAGACUCAUUGCUCACUCUCUGUUUCUCCUCUAGCCCCUCUUUGCUACCAUGGUGUCUCGUGCUGCUCUGGGAUCAGAGCUAACUGGGGAGGGUGAGAUUCUAGUGGUCCCCAGAAGCACUGCAGAGGGAGAAGGGAUGUGGGUAACCUCUGCAAAUCUGCAAGUAGAGCCUGUAAGUAAGAGAAAAUCCCCUCUAAAUCCCACCUAAGCAGAAGUGACUCUGUAGCACCUCAUGGAAAGAGGGGAGGUGAACAGAAAGGACCGGUGGGUGAUUUUUUUUUAAAUGCAGGUGGUGAAUGGGACAGCUAGGAGAUGUUCCCUGCUAGAUUGGAACUGGUUGGGCAUGUGAUAGUAAAUGGCAGUGCUGUCUGCUGUGACCAUGAAAAAGGUUUUCCCUGCUGAGAACAAAAUACUUCUGUAGCUGGGACAUUUUAUCUGAUCCAGGACAGCCAUUGUUAGCGGGCAAAAGGAUAGCAUCUUCUCCAGACACAAGCUGUCCUGGGAAAUCACAAGCAUUAGUGCAACCCCUGAAGAUGUACCUCACCCAUUCCCUGCAGCAUUAUUCCCCCACACCCUUCUCAGGCAUUUUAGUCAGGAUGGCUUCCUAGUGUUCCCUGCUGCCCCCCUGGCCCCACUUUCAGUAAGUUCUUGUAUAUUGUGCCGGGGCACUGGUCUGCCACCGGCACAGGACUGAAACAGAAUUGAUGAGAGAUGAGUGAGAUCCUGCCUGGAGUGGAAAUUUGUUGCUGUGAUUCCUUUUCUGUUUGCUGGACAUAAGCAAACCCGAGUUUCACUGCAGCCAACUAGUACUAAGCAGAUAAUGGGAGAGCCGUAAACUUAAGUGCUUCUCUGUGCCAGAAGCACACUGAACCCUGCAGAUCUCUGGGGGAGAGAUGGGCUCUGUCUACAGACGUGAAACUUAGAAAACUGUCCUUGCCAUUCCCUGGAAGUACUUCUCGCUAUCUCAGUCAUUGUAUUUCUUCAACUAAGAAACUCUCCUCCCUCCAUAGGAGGAGUCCAAGAGGGAUAUGCACAGUUCUGUCCUCAUAAAGGGGAGGUGCCAGCUGGCCCAGUGGAGGUUUAGGAGACCCCUGGUAACUCUGCUGCCAGUGCUAACAUAUAAGAACAGUUUGUGUUAUGGCUUUGAAUAAAGCAGGGCCAAGCCACAGGGACUUGAAAACACAGUUUUGUCCUUGUAUGGGACAGGUUGUUCAGCAAGAUGUUAAAAAAUUGCCUCCACUUUGACAGCCAAGAAUGGGAACUUUCCAGAUAAGCAGGGCUUGUCCAAGGGGGACAUGCACAGUCAGGGUGAGAGCCAGUGGUGGUAUACAGGAGUUGAGGAAAGGUGUCUGUGUGCAGACAAGACAGCAUGGCCAUUGCACCUCAGCUGAGACAGCCUGAUAGUGUUUAAACCAAGUGCUGCAACUGAUGCACUCAGCGUUUGCUACUCCCAGUCUGAUACACCUCCCAAAGCAGUGCUUUUUUCCUCAUCCCUUUACAACUUUCUGCAAUGAAGGAGUUGAGCAGUGUUUUGCAGGAAAUCAGAGUCCAGUUGUUAUUUUGGCUGAGAAAUUACCAAUAAUUGCAGGGACCUUGCCAGCACAUAUCUAUGAGUAUGCAAAUAUCUACAGGCAAUGGGGAGAUAUAUACUUUUUAAUUUUAUAGCUGUUCAUAAAGUUUAAAUUAAAAAUGUACAUCAAUUAAUUAAAAAGUGAACAAUGCAUAGCCAUUAACUAGUAUAAAGCAAAGAGAGGAAUUUACCUGCCAGAAAGUAGACAUCCAUAACUAAAUAAUAUCUGAACUGUCUUCCCAGUGAGCAAAGUAAAACAGGGCCUUUGUUUAGGGAUCAAUCUUAUUCUUAGGUGCGUCUAAUGCAGACCUGGUGAUUCAUGAUGCAGAAGUGAAUCUAUUUUAUUCCAUCAUCUAGAAAUGGAGCUGUGGGCGACUAGCUUAGAUGUGGACGUCUACAUCACUGAGAUGCUUCUCAGAAACCUAAAUGUAGUUGUCUGUUGCCAUGUGAGUUGGUCUUAGUUUUCCAGACUCUAGUUUCUAGUCAAGAAGAGCAUCGGUCACAUCUGUCUGCCCUUCUGGGAUGCCACACUGCUCUAUGGCAUCUCUGACAGUCCUCAACACUGAUGUGGAAGCAACUAAAUCAUGGCUCAAAACACCCAGGAUUGUCAGCAAGGUGUUGGGAUGUAGUGAUAACAACUCAAGUAAGAAAGAGAAUGCACAGAAGGGGAAGAAUUUUCUGAUUUUAAAUCUGGGAUAUGCUUAAGAACAAAUCAGGUUGUUAUGACAGAAAACAUCUUGGGUAAAAGUGCCAAUGAAGUGCUGACAAGUUAAAUUGUUUAGGAGGAAAAGCAAAAAGGACAGAAAUAUAAAGACAGAGGGCUUGAAGAAAGCAGAUUUUAACAACCUCUUUAAACAGUUAAAGGAAAGUUCAAAGCUAAUCUAAGUAAUCAGUAAGAGGAUAAUGAUUUCAGGAGCAUGGCUCAUUUCUUCAAAAAGCAGAAUCAAGGACAAACACAUAAAUGGUCCUGAUUUGGAAGUAGGGGUAGGAAGGCCCUGUGUGACCAGCAUUGUAAUAUAACACUCAGUGAAAAAACAUUCAGAAGGAUGAAAGCAGACCAAUUUGCUAAAGGAGAGAAUAACAGAAUGUCAUAUUAGAUGAAAAUUAGAAAGACAAAGGUGAAAAAUUCAAUACUUUCAGAAAAAGGCAUAGCAGAUAAGAACAAACCAACACGUAGCUACAUUUGCAGCUU